GCAGGGCCGGGCCGGGCCGGGCCGCCCGGGGCCGCCGCGGGCGCGGCCAUGUGGGCGCUGCGGGCGCUGUGCCUGGCCGGGCUGGGGGCGGCCAUCGGCGGCGGAGCGGCGGAUCAGUGCAGCUGGAGGGGCAGCGGGCUGUCACAGGAGGCUGGCAGCGUGGAGCAGCUGUCCCUGCACUGUGCCGAGGGCUCGCUGGAAUGGCUGUACCCCACGGGCGCCCUUCGCCUCCGCCUGGCCCCCCGCCUGCCCCCCACCAGCGCCGCCGUCAAGGGCGGGAGCCCCCCGCACGUCACCGCCUGCGUCAAACCCUCCGGGACCUUCCGGGGGGCUCAGCUCUACCUGGAGAGGGAGGGGGUGCUGGAGCUGCUGCUGCCGGAAGCCCCCCGGCCCCGCGCCCGCUGUUUCAGCUGGCUGCCCCAGGAGAAGGUGGCUCUGUUCCUGCAGGCCACCCCGCACCCCGACAUCAGCCGCCGCAUCGCCGCCUUCCGCUACGAGCUGCGGGGGGACUGGCUGGCCCGGCCGGCGCUGCCCGCCGCCAGCCCCAGCGCUGAAGGUGCGUGCCGGCCGUGCAAUGACACCGAGAUCCUGAUGGCCAUUUGCACUAGUGACUUUGUGAUCCGCGGCAGCAUCCGCAGCGUGUCCAACGACGCCGAGCUGCAGGAAUCCGUCAUCGGGGUGCCCUACCAGCCCUCCAGCCCCCAGCAGGUGGCCAACGCGCUGGCCCUGCUGCGGGGCCGUGCCGGGAAGACCGUGGAUCUGGGAUCCGGAGAUGGACGGCUCGUGCUGGAGGCUCACAGGCAGGGGCUGAGGCCAGCCCUGGGCUAUGAGCUCAACCCCUGGCUGCUGUGCCUGGCCAACUACCGUGCCUGGAAGGCUGGGUGCCACAGGGAUGUCUCCUUCCUGAAGAAGGAUCUGUGGAAGGUGGAUCUUUCUGACUGCCACAACGUGAUCGUGUUCCUGGCCCCCAGCGUGAAACCUCCCUUGGCCACCAAGCUGCUGGCAGAGCUGCCCGACGACGCCCGGGUGGUGGCCGGGCGCUUCCCCUUCCCCUGCUGGACCCCCAGCAGCAGCCUGGGGCAGGGCCUGGAGCAGGUCUGGGCCUAUGACAUGAAGGAGGUGCGGAGAGAGGUGCAGGGCAGAGCCCAGGGAAGCCAGGUCUGAGCCCAGCCUCCUUAAGCUUGGUUUAACACCAGCCUCGCUAAGCCUGGCUUAAUGGUCAGAGCCACCCCAGCCCUUGGCUCAGCUCAGGACAGAAGUGCUUGGCCAGUAUUUGUCCUGGGGACUUGCAGGGGGGCAGUCCUUCAUGUUUCCAGAAUGUGAGCAAAGCAAGGGAGGAGAAAAUUAAACCUAGAAAUCCUGGGGUUAAAGCAGGAUUUAAGGGAUAAAGCUCCAGUGCCUCAUUUUGGAUGAUCUCUAUUUUAUUUCUAUUUAAUUUUUAAAAAUAAAGUUUUGGUUGAUUGCUC